AUGCAUAUACAUUUCUUUAUUUUUAGGGUCUGUAAGCAGAUGCUGUAGAGAAACAAGCCACGCUGUGGCUGAUGCCCCGAAACAAUCUGACCCUUGACCCUGCCAUGCCCGGCGAACCUGUUAAAGACAUCAUGACGAUCCCAGGAAGCCCACAGCGAAUCUCGAUCGAUAAAACCAACAACAACGAAGCUCCUAGGCCACCUUCACUAGCAACCGAGAUCACCGUUCCUCUGGUCAAUGAGGUUCAGCUGACGGCGGCCACCGGCGGGGCCGAGCUGUCCUGCUACCGCUGCACCGUGCCGUUCGGCGUGGUGGUUCUGAUUGCCGGGAUCGUUGUGACCGCCGUCGCAUACAGCUUCAACUCUCACGGCUCUACCAUUUCGUACUUCGGACUGGUGCUGCUCUCGGCCGGCCUGGUGCUGCUCGCCCUGAGCGCCAUUUGCUGGAAAGUUCGGAUGGAGAGGAAGAAAGAGAGGCGGAGAGAGAGUCAAACGGCUCUCAUGGCACACCAGAGGAGCAUCUUCGCUUGAAAGAAGAGAUACGAUUUUGACGAGGCCGAUCGCUGAUCCACAAACGUGCGUUCAGUUCACACUUUUUGUGCAACAGCGCUGAUUUCUUUGAAUAAGGCGCAAUUUAUACCAAUCCUAAGUUGCAUGGAAAUGAAAUGCACUUUGGCACAAUAUAGCAUCUGGUUAGUGAAGAGUUUUGCAUAACUCAAGAAAAACCCUACAGUACAGCAUUUCAAACAGUUAAUGAAGAAAAUCUCAUGCAGCUGAUUGGGUCCAGAUGUCGAGACACAGCUGGGACAACGUCUACACUUUUGUUGACCUUUACUGCAAACACUCACAGUUAGUGAUGGACAGACCGCAAACUUUAAAGUGGCUCGUAAGCGCUUUCUAUCUUUCUUUCUCUUUGUUUUCUUCUCCGUCUCUGGGAUAUGAGCCAAGAGGAGCGCAUCAAUAUGAAGACAAGUGACCGCGGUCACGGGGUGCUCACCCAAAGACAGGAAGUGUUGUAUUAAUCCACGGCUGCUUCCUGUCCCGUAGGAUUAAUGGAAAGACGGUUCGAGACAUAAAGGAAAAGGGCGGAAAAGAGGAAAUAAAGGACAAGGAUUUUUCCUCAUUGACACUCAGCUACUUAUAUGUCAGUAAAUGAUAUACGUAUAACUGCACGGUACUUAUAUUACUUGUAUUAUGAUAUAUAGACAACACAUGGCUGGAAAACCAGAUACAUUUAUUGAUUUAUUUUUGUUAUACUGCACUUGGAUCAAGAGGACAGACAUACGACACGCUCUUAUUUGAGUUGUGGUUUAUAUUAAUUAUUCGUCACAUACAUGAGAAUAUAAAACUGAUGGUUGUGUAUUCAAGCACUUUCAACUCAAAGCAUUUGAAUGAAAUGCAAACAGUAAUGAAAUGUUGAUGUCUGUAGGUGCUUAGAAAGUUAAAUAAAUGUCUUAAUGCAGAUUAAUGAUGAUGUAAUUGUCUUAUAGUUCUGUUUGUGACAAUGUUAUCCAUAAGCUGCUGAACAAAACAUUUUUAAUAAACUCAUGUGAAAUGA